UAUAUUCGAUACACAUGCGAUAACCACUUGUUAAGAGUAACCUAUCGUCAGGCCUUUGAGUCAACUUGAACACGGAUCUCUCGCUCUAACUUCGCGUUUUCACUCGCACGCGGAAACCAACAAUAACAAAAAUGAGACCAUUUUUCAACAACAAGUAAUUUGAGAGAAAAAAAUCUUUUCUUUGUAGAAGUUUCGCGUGCUUGUGUUUUAUUUGCGCGUCAAUAAAAUGGGGCGACGAGGUAUGUGCGUCACUGCGACGCCAAAAAAGGUGAUGCAGCACGGCGAGUUUAUAGAUCGCAUUAGAAAAACGCUGUACUAUGGAGGCGUGGAUACAACAGAGGCCGAGAUGGGCACCGCCAUUUCCAUGCCAUUUGCUGAAUACGCUGCAGAUUUGUUUUCAGAGCCACAUCGCGGACACUCGCUUCAUCGUUUGUCAAGCAUAGCAGCUGGCAAAACACAAGCCACGCCUUGCUCGCUUAUAAUGGCACUAAUCUACUUGGAUCGCCUAAACAUAAUCGAUCCAGGGUAUGGCUGCAGAAUCACGCCACAGGAACUAUUUGUCGUUUCAUUGAUGAUAUCAACAAAAUUUUAUACCGGUCACGAUGAGGCUUUCUACCUGGAAGAUUGGGCCAAGGAAGGAAACAUGAGCGAGGAUAAACUAAAGCAAAUGGAACUCGAGUUUCUGACAGCCAUUGACUGGAAUAUAUACAUAUCGAACGAGCAGUUCUUCAACAAGCUGAACACUGUGGAAAGGACGCUGGCACUACGUGAGGGAUUGCGACGUGGUUGGCUGACGUACAGUGAACUUGUGCAAUUGUUGCCCAGUUUUACGCUUAUGCGCUUUUUGCUCAAUAAUCUAACCGUACUGGCUAUUAGCUAUGCAGCAAGCGUUUUUACAAUAGCUGGUGCAUUCUUUAUUGCUAGCCAGGUGCCAGGCACGAUCUGGCAUCGUCGUGUGGACACAACAGCAACUGUGACGACCCAGAGCAACUCGUUGGCGACGCCAAUGGUUACCACUAAUAAGACACUAGCGGUGCCUGUACUUGAAGCAGACGUAACGGCAACUAAAAAUGAGAGCUGCAUGGCUUUGAAUGUGGAGGAAGAACUGCUCAAACUGGAGCAACAAUUUUGCGCCGAGGCAAGACUGAAUGAACUGCAGAGCAGACAACGCCUGGAACCAUUGACACAGCACAACAAGAAUUAUCGCAAGACAUCUACGUACGCACAUAAGGACAAUACAAAGCAUUGGCUCAACAUGAAGGCCGAGUUUAGUGAUGCCAGCGACAAACGGAAUGCUCUAAUCUUUGGCCACAAACAGCACAACUGGGAACCUGCGCAGAAGAAGCACAACUGGAAUCAGACACAGAAUACAUCAGUAUUUUGGCAAUUGAUCACUGACGCCAUGUCACAGCCAUCGCUGUUGGUGCGCUGGCCGGAGCUGUGGCCCAAAUUGAUCUGAGCAAUGAAGGAGCGCAUAUUUAAAAAUAUUUUUAUCUAACCCUCACAAGGGCAAAAUACGAAUGUAAAUAACUUUAAUUCGAUUUUCAAAUUUGAAUUUGCAAUUACAUACAUAAACUUACAUAUAUUUUUUCAAA